GCAGUGUGCUGCUCUCAAUUAGCCAACAAAAGGCUGGGAUAACUUUCCCACAUCCCACACUUAAUAGUUUGCCUUGCUUAGGCCUAUUCCCAUCCCUUCCACCCCCGAUGUUUCUUGUUACCGGGAGUUUUUCAGAUAACAGACACACACAAUUCACCACCUCUAUGGAGCUGCCAAAUGUCUCCUUUUCUGCGCUCCCGCAGGCCUAGUGAGCAGGCACAGCCUCGACAUGCAGAACGACGCCAGCGAGUUCGUGGACCUGUACGUGCCGUGGAAAUGCUCCGUGAGCAACCGCAUUAUUGGUGCCAAGGACCACACAUCCAUCCAGAUGAAUGUGGCCGAGGUUGACAGGGGCACAGGCCGGUUUAAUGGCCAGUUUAAAAUCUAUGCUAUCUGUGGGGCCAUUCAAAGGAUGGGUGAAUUGGAUGACUCUAUUCUCCGAUUGGCUAAGACUGAUGGAAUUAUCUCAAAGAACUUUUGACCAGAAGAGAUCGGGGAAUAUUUGUCAUAAAUAAAAGUGAGAAAGUAAAAACAA